AUGUUUAGUUAUACUGAACCUAUUGAUCGUCGAUUUGGUAUUACAAGUGUCGUGUGCGGUGUUAUUUCUCUGGUAUUUUGUUCUGUUGGUAUUGCUCUGCCAACCUGGUAUGUGGCACGCGAUCAGAAUAAUGAAAUUUUGUCAACGGCCAAUUAUUUUUAUACAUGUUUUAUCGAAAAUGGUACAUCAAUGUGUGCAAGUUAUAGUAGUUACAGGUGUGUAUCAAUUGUGAACGAUGAAUCGGGUCCUGGGUGCGAAAAUCCUCAUUAUUCACUGAUUGAGUACGGUUCUCCCGUCUCACAUGUGCCAAUGGGAGAUAUUCAACGGUUACGUAGUGCAGCUGGAUUAUCUAUUAUGGGUAUCAUAUUUAUCUUUUUUGCUGUUUUAUUAACAUUACUCAUGUCUAUUAUUCUUAUCCAUCAAUUAUUUACAUUCAUUCCGCCACUGGCCUUUUUCCUAGCGGGACUGUCUUUGAUGGCCGCUUUGGCAGACGGUUCUGGUGCUCUGAAAUGUUCUGAAACAGGUUUUAUUCUUUUCGUGACUGGAAUUUUAUUAACAUGGCUCGCUCUACUAUUUUCAGCGUUUACCGCCCGUAGACUACACUUAUCUGCUCGUAAUCAAUGA